AUGCAAUCCCCUUCACCUCGACUACGUCACUACAGGACGAUGACGGCAAUCUGCUUUGUUUGCAAUUUGCCGAUCCUGUCCCAUCAAGUAGGACUCGUGUGGGCUGGAGGAAAUGGUUGGGACGAGCUCACACGGUCCACUCUAGAAGAAUCAACCCUCAGACAACGCCUCGGCAGUCGCAGAGACUCGGCAGCACAAGUUUGCUGCCUAUCGCCACCAGAACCCGAUGUCAACGACCAGCCCAGGGGUGGUCCUCGCCGACGACGGUCAUCUCUUGCUCAACUCACAGAUAUUCUUCGUGAGUGGGGAGGCGGCGGAAGUAAUGCGCCGAGACGCCAAAGAGCUCCAUUGUCAAGACGUGAGACCUUAGCAGAUCUUGCCCGAUCUCUGCCCUGGGCGAGACACGAACCACCGCCCCGCCGUCGACGAGAUUCUUCAGCAGACUCUGGAAUAAAAUCGUCUGCUUCAAAACGACGUGAUUCAAAAGCUGCACCACAAGAUUUUAAGUCCGAAUUUAUUGGCUUCUUAGACCGAAAAGAUUCCACUACAGUUAUGCCUAGCAGGGAAAGGCGUAUUAAGAGACGUGGCUCCGGUGAUGACAAAGAACGUAGAGAUUCAGUUGAAGGACACAGACAUCGUCGAGAUUCUGUAGCAAUAGCACCACCACGAGUUGUCGCGACUCAUAAAAAGAGAAGAGGUUCUCCACCGACACCUGCACCCCCAUCUUUUGUAGAUGCUUCAUCAGAUCCCGGCCCUUCAACUCAUUUACCAUCUGUGACUGUAGUUACUGUUCAUGAACCGAGUCGAUCAGACGGAGAAUGUCCACCUAUGACCAUGCCUACAAUUAUCACGUCUGCCGUAACUCCUUCACCAACGUCACCUACAGUACCCACGGCUAAUACUUCGCAAGGUACUCAAGCCACCCCAACUACUUCUACAGCUCAAGGUACUCAAGUAACACCAGGUGGAAGAACACCGCCAAAUCUAGGUGGUCGAAGAGACUCUACGACACAAUGCGGCCGAGCCAGGAGAGACUCUCGCGCAGCUGCUAGUCCGGAACGUAGAUUGGGUAGAUUACAAAGACAAGCCACAGCAUUUGACGACCCUAUUGGUCCGCCUGGUACGCGACGCAGGGACUCUGGACCCACAUUGGAACCAGAUGACGCGGGAAGAGCACGACGCGAUUCCUUGAGCCCUGACUCAGCAGCAAGGCCACGGCGAGAAAGAAAUCAGCUUAGUCCGGACAGAGCGGGUGGUGGUGAAUUGAGUCCAUCAGCAGCACGCCGACGAAGUCGUCUGAGACGACAGGCAUCUUGUGCUCGAGUAGGUAGAGCUCGAAGUCCAGAGUCAAGUUCUUGUUCCAGUCGGGACCCUAGCCCAUGUGCAAGGCCCCCUGAACGAACUAUGUUUAGGCGACAAUCAACUACGGAAGAAAUAUUAAUAGCGCGUGGUUUUCGCCGACAAUCUACGACAGAGGAAAUGAUACGUUGCCGUAACUUUCGACGACAAAGUUCUCAGAGUGACGAUGCAUGUAUGCGUGCUCGGGGACGCCGGGACUCAUCUACACAAAUAUUGGAUGGUACCAUCGGCACUAUGACUGUAGAGACUACCAGCACGUUCUUCGAUUCCAGUACACAAACUGAACCGUCCCCACUGUACGACAACAAUCAUUACCACGAGGAAUGUCUUCGGUGCAACUCCUGCGGGUUAAACCUCACGGGACCCAAUCAGAAACGCGCCCGCCGCUUCAAGAACCAGAUCCUGUGCGACCUGCACUUCGCGGACGUGGCGCUGAUGGAGUGCAGUGACUUCAUGCAGCAGCUACGCAGCUUUAAACCGCAGUCGCUGGGCUGCGCCGUCGCCCGGCGGAAGUCCUCGACCACGCUCAUCUUUCCACUGCCACCGCAGGCUUGUUCAGAUGAAUUUUGCGAAGAGUAUCCCCACAACCUGAUACCCACGCCAGGGUAUUGGAUAGAAUGCUCUCGGCAGAAAAUCGCCACUGACACCAUUUGGGACGAAUCAGAGUCAGAACACGACAGCGGCCCUGACAGAGAUGAUGGGGAAGACCGCCACAGAAGAUCAGGAUCUCUUGACGAGGCAGAAGAAGACAGCAGUGAUAAUGGAGGAAGCACUCCAAAGAAGAAAACAGCCAUCGAAGAACAAUGGGAAAGGUCCGGGGGCUUCGAACUUACUUCCGUGGAACAAGAAACAUACGAGAAGUAUUUCUACGGGACAGAACAUUGGAAUUAUUUCACCAGCGAUGAAGACCUAGGACCAGUCAUACUGUCGAUCAAACAGGAAACUUUGAAUGCGAGAGAUCAAUUUAGGAUUCUAGUACGAGCAAUAAGCUACACGGUUCAUGGGCUGAUUCCGGCGUCGUGCGUGUUCGCCGACCGCUAUAACCGGGAGGAAGUGGUCCGAUCGCUCGGAAAGGAGGUCAACAUUAACCCACCGUUGAUGCUGGGCCAACUGCCCGACACACCUGAAGAGCUGCUGAAACUAGACCAAGUAUUUAUAAAAUCGGAGCUGAAGGUCGGAGUAAUAUACGUAAAGGAGAAUCAAUACACUGAGGAAGAAAUAUUAGACAAUAACGAGAAUUCACCUCUAUUUGAAGAGUUCUUGCAAGUUCUUGGGGAGAAAUUUCGUCUCAGAGGUUUCGACAAGUACAAAGGGGGUCUUGACACAGUCCACGAUCUUACUGGUCUGUAUUCCGUUUACACGAAUUGGAGAAGCAUUGAGAUAAUGUUUCACGUUUCGACUCUGCUCCCCUACGAGAAACACGACGCUCAAAAGUUACAAAGGAAACGGCAUAUUGGAAACGAUAUCGUGUGUGUCGUGUUUUUGGAAGCGGACAAUACUGCGUUUUCGCCGGCUUGCAUUAAGAGCCACUUUUUGCACACGUUUAUUUUAGUGCGAGUGUCUGCUAAAAUUAAAAGGCGACCCACUAGAUAUGAAGUGUCUGUCGUGACUCGCGACGAGGUCGGCGCCUACAAACCCUACUUGUGGGAGCAGAGUGUGUUCGACAAAGGACCCAUGUUCAGAGAAUGGCUACUCACGAAAAUAGUAAAUGGCGAAAGAGCAUCGUAUUCAGCGCCAAAAUUCGCGAGGAUGCAAGAACGCACGCGGAGUCAAAUGCUAGAGGAUAUAGUAGCUAACCUGCAAAACCACGCGGAGACUGGUCAAAUACCGAAGCCUUACAGAAGAGGUUCUUGGCGUCCUAUAGGACACAUGCGACCUUCAUCUCCACUGCUAGACUCAGUCAGAGAUCAAUUUGAAGACUACGACCAAUUGGCAAAGGAUUUCACGCGAGUGUUUCUCAAUAGCGAACUUAAUUUUGCACAAAAUGCUCAGCUUUUCGACGUAGUGUUCCUGGUUGGACAGUCGAAGCAAAAGACGAAGUUUAUUGGCGUUCGAGCUAUACUGGGAGUUAGAAGCAGAGUUUUUCAAGAAAUGCUAUACGGCAUACAGACAGGCUUCGGUUCCCCUCAAGUGCCGGUGGCCGAACUACUCGCGCGACCGGCACCCACGCUGCUUUCGCCCACGCCCGCUAGACAGAAGAGCAGUAACUUCUUACAAGUUCCCGACAUUGAAUCACCGAGGCCAAAAAGUGUACCAAGUUCACCGAUGGUUAAACGUGCAUUCUCUCGUCUUGGCACCAUCACAGCUGGUUGGGGACGCUCCAUACGAAAGCAACACUCGCAGCUUAAUGCUGAUGACAAGAAAAAAUGGGCUAGCUCCCAGGAUUGUUCCAAUAAGGAGAGUAAAGACAAGGACAAAGAUAAAAACGCAGCAUUAGCGGUGCCAAGGCUGUCGGUAUGCGCCGAUGCGCAAAAAGUGGACCGUGCCAAGCUCGCGCAAACUGAGUUCUCUAUAAUUGAGUUUGACCCUGAAACCUUUCGUAUACUUCUGGACUACUUGCACACAGGCAGUUGUCCACUCACAUGCGCUUCUAUACCUGGACUUAUAUGUGCUGCUGAGCAUUACGACUUACCUGAACUGUUACAAGCUUGUUUCCAUCACGCGAAACAAUUCCUUAGGAUAGAAGUGGUAUGCACAAUGCUCAUAUCAUUGGAGAACUACUACUGGCGGUAUACAUCGGCUUCGGAACUAGUGAAUAUGAUACUAGCCUUCAUCGAACAAAGGGCGUACGCUCUAUUCCAGACCGCCGAGUUUCUCAACCUCUCAGAGUCCAUGGUGCAAAUGAUUAUGUGCAGGAACCUCGAAGUGCCUGAGGUCAGAAAAUUUGAAGCUAUGCUCAGCUGGGCACGUAAUAAAAUAAAAACUAAAUCUGCCAAUAAGACUGACGCUAGAAAUGAGUUUAAAUGCAUAAUGGAGAGGCUAGCGAGAGACUUAAAGCUCUAUAGGAUUUCCCCGCAGGAGUUAAUAAAAGUGGUACUCCCUUCAAAGGCAAUAAAGAAUGAGCGUAUUCUUGAGACGCUCAUGUAUCAGGCAAAUUCUGGAAUGUACAGAAUACAGGACAGCUACAUAGAAGCCUGCCAGCAACGCUUACAAAAACAGGACUCGAGGUUUUCUGAAUUCGAAAGUUUUGAUUACGGCAUAUAAACUUGGAGCUGUGAGGAUAUCAGUGUAUUAGAUAGAUUACGAAGAGCGAUAAAUUUGGGUUCUUCUCACUGUGGUAUGUUGACGCCUUCAAAGAAUAUUAUUGUUAUAGAUGUACUUUAGUAGAGGUGCGAGAAACAUUUGUACACUUCUCGGAUACCUAUUCCUUGUUGUUGUUCAUUGAUACCUAUAUAUUUUUUACAUCUAGCUAGACGUGUUCAGUAGAAUCAUCUCUAUUUUUGGUACCAAAUUUGAGAUUACAAGUU